AUGUUCUUCUUCUUCUUCUGCGGGGAGCAUACCUUCCGCAAGGAGGUGCCCGGCUAUGAGGGCAUCGUCUGCCAGUGCCACCACUGCGGCAACAUGGCCGGCCAUGUAAUCAAGAGCCACCCCUGGUUCACCGUCUGCUUCGUCCCCUUGAUUCCCUUCUCAAUCAAAGGAUACAAGGAUGUGUCCUGUCACAUCUGCAGCUUCAACCAGCCACUCGAGAACCGUCCCGACGUCAUGGCCAUGGCCAAUGGCGGCCAGCCUCCGCAGCAACAACAGCAACAGCCACCUCCCGGGCAGCGCCCGCAAUACAGUUAG